UGUUCUAGCUUUCUGUGUGCUUAGGCGCCCGAGCUACUGAGGGUCUAAGUCCGGGCAGCCGAAGAGUGUGGUAGGUAACGGUCGUCAGCGCAAGGGUCAUUUCGUCGCUGGGAAGGGACGGCCCUCGCCCGCGGUGAUGGUGGUUAGCAAGAUGAACAAAGAUGCGCAGAUGAGAGCAGCGAUUAACCAAAAGUUGAUAGAAACUGGAGAAAGAGAACGCCUCAAAGAAUUGCUGAGAGCUAAAUUAAUUGAAUGUGGCUGGAAGGAUCAAUUGAAGGCACACUGUAAAGAGGUAAUUAAAGAAAAAGGACUAGAGCACGUCACCGUUGAUGACUUGGUGGCUGAAAUCACACCCAAAGGCAGAGCCCUGGUACCUGACAGUGUAAAGAAGGAGCUUCUACAAAGAAUAAGAACAUUCCUUGCUCAGCAUGCCAGCCUUUAAGAUUGAAUUAGAUUGUGUUGUUUUGUGGUCUUAUUUCUGAAAGUAAAACUUGCCAUAAAUUAGGAAUCGCUUUCCCAAAAUAAAAUCCUUUUUUGUAUGAUGGUAUACAGUUUUCGGUAAUGAUGUAUACAUUGUAUUGAUUUUUUUCCCUAAAUGUGUUAUUUUAAUAAAUAUCUCAUGAAUGAGUUUGAAGUUUCCUUGGAUCUUGGAGUAAAUGGGACUUUUCAACAAUCCAACAGAUUGUUGAGAGAAAAAGUCAGCAAGUAAUAUAAAGUAUGUGCAUAUUUCUAUGCUAACAGCUGAGGAGAAGUAAGCAGCCUCUUCUGAUUGUCUCAAUUUGGUGUAUUUCUCUUUUGAAUCCCUAUAGUAUUUUGUAAUACAUGGCCCAUCCUGUACUACAGUUGUCUUAUUUGUCACAAACUCAGAGUUAGGACUGGGUCCUACGCAUCUUGAUGUGCCUGCCUCAUUCCUCAAAGAAUUUACCAUCCUUUUGGAAGAGAGAACAUUUGCAAGCUGGCUCCAUACCAAGCUCCUCUCACAUAUCUGCUCAUCUGAACUCUGAAAGCAGAAACACUAGAUUACAUCCCCUCAUGUAAGGUCAAGAAAGAACUUAAUGGGAAAUAAUCCACCCAUAGCUUUACUCUGACAUCAAGAUUGCCAAAUCCAAUGGACUGUUGUCUGUCCUUACAUGACCUCUGCUGGAAACUGAGAAUGUUGAGCGUCCUGCCACUGGAACUCUCCUCCCACUCCUCACACUGUUUAUUCCUACCACUGGAAGUUCCUUCUGUUUCUCGUGGAGUACCUUUUGCUGUAUGGGACUUGAAACAAUGGUGUUUCUUAGGGCUUGCUCCUGGGCCCUCUGCCUGACGAAUGAUAUGCUUUUCCUGGGAAAAGCCCAGGAAAUGUGUUGGACCAUGACUUCAAAUACUAACAGGUUAAUAAAUGGUAAAUUGCAUCACCAAACCAGACUUCAACCCAGCCUCCAUACCCGUAUACCCAUCUGCUAUGGAUCAGCUUCCUUGGAUGUUCCAUGAACACCUCAAACUGACCACACCUAAGAUAGUGACUUUUUCCCCCUCUAGUAACUACCCCUACUGUAUUCCUUAUCAACGUGAGUAGUACCUCCCAGACAUACAUAUUACCUGAGGAGCCUGUUGAAAUACUGAUUCAGAAGGUAAGAGUUGUUGCACAAGUCCAUGCUUACGGCUGCUGACAAACCCAGUCAAUGCUUAUGCUGCUGAUCAAGGACCACUGAGUCUGGCAAGGUUCUCAGUUGUCUACUCCUUGCCCUUUAACUGCCUUAGUUCAGGCCCAGAUUAGUGCAGUAGGCCCCUACAUUCUCGUUGCUUCAUGCAUCCUCCAGUAUCUCUUCCAUACACUUGCCUAAGUGACCUUACUAAGAUUCAAGCUUGGUCAGAUAUUUCCCUUUUUGAAACUUCUCAGUGGCUCUUCCUGGUUUGCAGGGUAAAAUUCACACUCAGCCAUAGCACCUACGCCUUGAUCUGACAUUUCUCUAGUUAGAGUUCCCAAAAGUAAUUGUUUAUCCCUGAAUAUCUGAAAGUCAUCAUGCUAGAUACUUUUACUUAUCUCUUGGCCUUCAAAAUUCUGCCUGAGCUGUUAAAGCAUUCCGGCAUUUCUGUUUGAUUUAGAUUUUCCCCUACUAUUUUUCUAUCAGAAGUACCUGUGCAUAAUUUCUCAACACAAUAAUUCUAGAACUUUUGCAUGCAUCCCCCGUAGGGGAGGGAACUUUUUUUUUCCCCUCUGUAUGAUACUUAUUUGUGAAUGAGUGGACAGAAUAAAUGAAUGAACCAGUGAAUGAUCAUAGAAGCACAAAACGAGGUGAAAAUACAGUUGGGUGUGUUUGAGGAAAGGCUUUACAGUAAUUUUUGGUUCACAUUCCAGAGAUUCAAUUUUACUUUCUGAUGAAUUUAUAUUUUAAGUGUAGUCUUGGAACCUACUGGGCUUAAUUAUGUAAAAUGUUGAACCUAGGACACGUGCAUGCACAAUCACAAAACCUACCCCAGAGUUUUUUUGUUUCAUUUCAUCUCUUACAAAACAAUGGUCUAAAGUUAAAUGAUAGUUACAUUCAUCAUUCUGCUACCCAUUAUAAAAAAGGAAAUGGUACAGAGGAAAUGUUAAAAACAAUGGGUACUUAUUUCAUAGUAUUGUAUAUAAAAGCAAACCAAAAAUUGCUCAUAGAGAUACUAUUUUAAUAGUUCAAAACAAAAUAGAAAAGGAAAUGAAAGUAUUUUGAGAUGGAACAAAAAAUAAUUGAAUUUAAAAUAUAGCCAUUGAAAACACUAAAGCACAUAGCUUUAAAAUGAUAAUGCGGAGAACUCCCCCACCAUCUCUAGAUUUUCUUAACAUCUUCGAAAUGCCUUGUAGUUUGCAUCUAGAACCAUUGGUAACUUUCAAAUAAACCAACUUUGUGAACA